AUGGCACUGCGGUUCGAGGCCCUGUACCCCGAGGGGAUGUGUCCUGGCUGGAGCAUCGUGGUCAAGGGUGAAACCAGUUCCAGUACAAGCAUGUUUGAAAUUAAUUUGCUCUGUGAUCCUGGAGACCAAAUCGCUCUCCACUUUAACCCUCGCUUCUCCAGCUCCAGAAUCGUCUGCAACUCCUUCCUUGCCAGCCACUGGGGGAAGGAAGAGGUUAAUAAAACCUUUCCCUUCGAAGCAAAGGAGCCAUUCCAGGUUGAAAUCUACUCUGACCAGGACUAUUUCCACAUUUUCAUCGAUGAAAACAAAAUCUUGCAGUACAAGCAUCGGCAGAAGCAGCUUUCAUCCAUCACUAAGCUGCAGAUCCUCAAUGAUAUUGACAUUUCUUCAGUGGAAAUCACCAAGAGAGGGUUUUAG